UGGGCUCCCAUCCAGACCUAGACCCCCGCGCAGUCCUGCGAGCCGUAUCGGGGAGCUCCCUAUCUCCACCUCCACUUCCAGUGUAUGUGAGAAUGAUGUGCACUGCCAAGAAAUGUGGAAUUAGGUUCCAGCCUCCAGCUAUUAUCUUAAUCUAUGAGAAUGAAAUGAAGGGGAAAAGUCGCCAACGCAUCAUGCCAGUCCGAAACUUUUCGAAGUUUUCAGAUUGCAACAGAGCUGCUGAACAAUUAAAGAAUAAUCCGCGACACAAGAAUUACCUGGAACAAGUGUCCCUGAGGCAGCUAGAGAAGUUAUUCAGUUUUUUACGAGGUUACUUGUGGGGGCAGAGUUUGGCAGAAACAAUGGAACAAAUUCAACGGGAAACAACAAUUGAUCCUGAGGAAGACCUGAACAAACUAGAUGAUAAGGAACUUGCUAAGCGAAAGAGCAUCAUGGAUGAACUUUUUGAGAAAAAUCAAAAGAAGAAGGAUGAUCCGAAUUUCGUUUAUGACAUCGAAGUUGAGUUCCCACAGGAUGAACAACUGCAGUCUUGUGGCUGGGACACAGAGUCCGCUGACGAGUUCUGAUAUCAAAAACUCAAAGAAUUGAUUGGGCUAGCAGAAAAUCCAUGUCUAUACAAAGGAUGUAUGAACAUGAUUCUAGAAAAAUCUGUAAAGAACACUAAAUGUACAUGUUGGGUCAAGUUUGGAUUGACCAGGUUACUUUUCAAAACCAGGACAUGUACAGUAUCUACUAUGUAGAUGCAUGAGGAAGAUACGAAAACCAGAAUAUAGGAGUCUGCCUUUAAGGAGCUUACAAUCUAAUUGGAAGAUAACUCAAAAGCUUGUGAAAAGCUAAUUAACAGAAUUAGACAGCAAAAAGAUUAGAGCCAGAUGCUUAAUAAAAGUUAAAGAGGGUCAGAGCCUAGAUGACCAUAGGGUUAGAAUAGUCAGGGAAGACUUUGUCCUUUAGUAGAGAGAUGGGACUUUGCCUGGCCCUCAAAAUGGUGGUGUUUGGGUAGAAGUUUAUAUAGAAUUCCAGAUGAGAGAAGC